UUUUAUUCUCAAAUGAACUUGAUCAUAAAAUCAGCUGAUUGUACCUGAUCACUAUAUAUCACUAAUAAUCUGUCAAACUGUCAGAUGAGUAAUCCAUCAGCUCAUUGGCCACGUGUCACGUGCUGCUGACGGGGGGCGGAGCCAGAUGACAUACCUGGGCAGUUGUGUGAAAGAGGGUGGGGCCUCAGAUUUCCUCAUUCUGGUCUGGAGGUGACGGACACGAUGGACAUCUGCUCCUGUGUCGCAGUCGUCUGCGUCUUCACUGUGAUGUGGAAACUCUCAGAGGGACGUGAGGCUGGACGCUGGCCCCCUGCCCACGGGACCCUGGUCCUGGUCCUGGUCUGGGUCCUGGUUUGGGUCCUGGUCUACACUGUCUCUCCAGUCUUGUGUGGACUCGUCCUCCUCAGCUGCAGCCUCCGUCUGAUCUGUGUGUGGAGAAGAUCUGAGCUGCUGCCGGAGCAGAACAGAGCGGUGCUGAUCACAGGCUGUGACUCGGGCUUUGGCCACGCCCUCGCCCAGCGGCUCAGUCACGGACGAGUCACAGUGUUCGCAGGCGUGUUGGACGUGAACGGACCCGGAGCCCAGCGACUGAGACGGGUGGCGUCGGACCACCUGAGGGUCCUGCAGCUGGACGUGACGGACCGGGACCAGGUGGAGGCGGCUCGCAGGGACAUCGGCUCUCAGGUGGGACACACAGGUCUCUGGGGUUUGGUGAAUAAUGCAGGAAUCCUCCACUGUCCCAUGGACGCUGAGCUCCUCCCCCUCGCCGCCUGCCGCCGCUGCCUGGACGUCAACUUCCUGUCGGCUGUCAACAUGUGUCAGGUAUUCCUCCCCCUGCUGAGACGAGCCGGCGGGCGGAUCGUCAACGUGUCCAGCAUGGCAGCCGCGGUCCCGAUGCCGAUGUUUUCUUCGUACGCUGCGUCCAAAGCUGCUCUGAGUCUUUUCUCUCACGUCCUGAGACUCGAGGUGAAACUGUGGAACGUCACCGUUGCUCUGAUCCAACCGGCAGGAUUCAGAACAAACAUCUUUGGAACCAGUGACGACAUCCGGCGCCACAAAGACGAGAUCCUGGCGGCGGCGUCCUCUGAAGCCAGAGAGGAUUAUGGGGAGUCGUACAUCUCGUCGGUCACCAGCAGUUUGUCCAAACUGUCCCGGGAUUCGUCCGAGGACUUGUCCCCGGUGCUGGACGACUUGUGUCACGCUCUGCUGUCCGUCCGCCCCAGAGUUCUGUACAGCCCCGGACAGGGGGCGUGGCUGUUGCCGUUCCUCCACCGCCACUGUCCCACCGCCGUCUUCGACGUCGUCAUCACCACGAUGACAAAGUUCACCGACUGUGAACCAACAGGACUCAAGAGGAGCUGAGACAAACUUUACCCAUCAAAACCAAAAAUAUUAAAUAUGAUUCAUGAUCGUAUUCGUCCAGUUGUUGGAAAAACAGAAUAAAGAACGAAGAGAAAAAUCAA